GUUUUGUUUUUCUCAACCAACAAAUUGGAUAUACAUACUAAACAAACAAAUUGGAACAAAUUUUAGGUUUCUCUUUCAUAGCUCACACUCAAAUUCUCAUAUUCCGUCGCCGCCGCAGCCGGACCAGCCAACGCAGCAGCAGCCGCCGGAGACAUCCAACGUAUCAGUUGUCGUUCUCACUCUCAAACGCGCGCGACCACUGUCUCUCUUCCACUCUCAAACGCCACCGGCGACAGACUACGCCGCCGACGGACGGUCAACGCAGCAGCUGCCAACGGCGUCGUAUCUCUACAGAAACGCAGCAGCAGCCAACUCUCUCUCUCUCUCACUCUCACUCGGGUCUACUAAUCCGGGAGAAGAGCAGAUAAAAGACGGCUAUAUAACAUCUCUUUUGUACCUCUGUCAAAUAUUUGGUUCUGCUUUCCUGGUGUUGUUUCAAGCUCUGCAAUUAUUCUUGAUCGUCUUUUUUUUUUUGCCGAGGUUGACAACAACGAUGGUGGGAGUUGUUAAUAAGUUCUUUAUUACAUCUUUGAUUAUGUGGGCUGCUCCAAUUGCAAUUUUGUACGCCUUUAACCACAACUUAAUUCCUGGUGUGACCGAUAUGUCUCCCCAUUCUAUGACAUUAGUGAGUGGAUUCGUUGCUGUCAUAUCGGUCAAUGUGGUUAUUGCAUUUUAUAUUUGUCUGGCAAUGAGAGAACCUGCUGAUAAACAUGAGCCUGAUCCUAAAUUCCUGGCAGAGGCCAAAGCUAGCGUAGAGCAGUUAGGGAAAAAUCAAGACGGGGAUUCAUCAGGCAGCCGAACAAAACAAGAGUGAUUGAGGGAUAAACGCAGGCCAUUAAUGUUCUUGAAGACAUUGGGCACAGAAGUGUCACAAUUGGAAAAGAAGACACAAUUUUUGAUUAUACAGUUAAUAUUCUUAAUGGUACUCUUAACUUUGAGGGAGAAAAGGGUACAAUGAUUAAAUCUUUUGAGCAGGCUGUAUUGUUUAAAGAUUUUGAUCGUUUGCAGGGAGGAUGUUCCUAGUUUAACUUGGUAAUAUUGGUUUGCUGUGAAGUACAAAAUUCCUUAUAUAUUUUGUUUAUCCUUUAUCUUCUUA